AUGGAGACUUGCACUCCUCCCGAGCGGCCAGAAGUCUCGCGGACUCCUCUCAGUCCCCAGCUCCUCCCACCCAUCACAACCCAACUCAACAUGGAGAAACACCUUCAAGCCGUCGAGGUCGCCAAGACGCCCUCUUCACACUCCUCCGUCUCAGAGAUUGAUCCCGAGACUUCAAAAUCAGCCUACCGGAAAGCCGAUCGACGGGUGCUCCUGUGGUACUCUUUCGUCUACCUGAUCAUGAGGAUUCACGUCUCCAACAUCACUAACACGGCCAUCAUCAAUGUCGAAGAGGGCGACGGCAUCAAGCAUCAGCUCGGCGACCUUUCCAGUUCCCAGUGGGCGUGGGUGAUUUCCAUCUUUUACUAUCCAUACAUGUUCGCAGAGCCGGCUUCGACCCUGCUGCUGAAGAGACUCUCGCCCCGGGUUUGGAUGUCCAGGAUCAUGAUCACCUGGGGUACUUUCCGCCACACGUCGGCCUGGUACAGGGCGUGCUGACACGAUGCCGCUAGGAAUCAUUUCGAUGUGCCAGGGUGCCACGCAGAACUAUGGCAGUAUGUUGGCGGUCAGAUUCCUUCUCGGGCUCGCGGAGGCGGGAUAUUACCCAGGAGGUCAGUCUCCCCGAGACGUCUUGGAGAAGCGGUUCGUUCCCUAAUCCAUGGCAUUUAGUCCUGUAUCACCUCAGCUUCUGGUAUCCUGCCAAGAGCAUGGCACUUCGAAUCGCUUUCUUCUACGCCUGCGGCCAAUUCUCGGGCACCAUCAGUGGCCUUCUGGCCUACGGCAUCUCCUUCAUCAACGGCGCUGGAGGCCUGGCUGGCUGGAGGUAAGCAGCAACGAUCCAUAAAAAACUCAUCGCAAGAGACACUCACCCUCAUGUCAUCCCAGAUGGGUCUUCCUCAUCGAAGGCAUCCCAGCCAUCCUCUGCGGCAUCUACACCUUCUUCUUCCUCCCCAACUACCCCGAAACCUCACACUUCCUCACGCCGCAAGAACAACAAGCAAUCCUCUCCAACCUCCCCGCAACACAACCUUCCGCCCAAGCGAAGACCUGGAAUCCGGAACAAUUCAAAUCCGUCUUCAAGGAUCCCACAACGCUGAGCUUCACCCUCGUCUGGAUCUGCCACGCCAUAGGCGGCUGGGGCGUCUCCACCGUCCUCCCAACCGUCAUUUACGACCUCGGCCUCACAGACUCCGCAGUCGCUCAGUUGAUGACCAUGCCAACCUACGCCUUCGGCUGCCUCUCCCUCAUCCUCAUCGGCUACAUCAUCCAACAACGCCUCCUCAUCCCCUGGACCGCCGCCAUCGCCCUCGAAAUCAUCGCCUGUGCAUGCUACAUCGCCCUCAUCCUCAUCCAGAGCCCCGUGGGCAAAUACAUCCUCGUCUCCAUCGCCACGGCCUGCUCGAUCUGUAUCUAUCCGAUCUUAUGGCCGGAGAGGAUUCGCGCCGCGCAUGGCACCACGAGCGCCGGCUUGACGAUCGGCCUGACGAAUGCAGCCGCGCAGUUCUCGGGAAUUCUCGGCCCGAGAGUCUACGAGAGCAAGUAUGGACCGACGUAUCGGGUGAGUUUCGCCGCUUCGAUCGGGUUGCUGGUGGGUGCCAUUGUGGCCAUCGCGGCGAGUUGGUUUCUCGUCCGGAGACAGGAUCGGAAGGGUGAAGCGUUUGGCGAAGAGCGAGCUUGA